GAUUGGUAAGAGUGAAAGAGCAGAACCACUGCAUGAAAGAGUAGCGCACUUUUGCGAAUCUCCUGCUUUGGGAGGACGACUUUUUGGUCUAUCGAAUUUCAAGCAUAGGCGUGCGGCUUGUUUGACAGCAGAGUGUAAAGUGCAGAGAAUUCCAGCCUAAGCUGGCUGUUGAGGGGAGGGAGUUUUCGUAGAUUGGCAAACGGCGCUCCAUUUUUGAGGGCCCUUAACUGAGGACUUAUGGCCAACUUGGAAGAAGCUGACAAGGCUCUUAAGAAGGCGGACAAAUACACCAAGGUCACGCUUACUCGAUGGGGCCCAGAUUUUGAGAAAGCUACGCCUCUUUAUGAGAAGGCAGCAAGUCUGUACAAGCUGGCCAAGAAUCUCGAGCAAGCAAAGCACUGCUAUGAGAGGGCCUCCACUGGCCAAUGCCGAACCGACAACAAAUGGCUUGGGGCAAAGCAUCUUGAGUCGGCCGCUUCCUUGGCAAAAGAGUUGAAGCAGUGGGACGAGGUACUUGACACUUACAAAAGAGCAGCAGAGCUGUACAACGAAGUUGGGAGACCUCAAGUGGCUGCAGAAGCGUAUGGCAAGGCAGCAAAGGCAAUUGAGGCUGAGAGACCAGACGAGGCGAUCAAGCUUUACAUAGAGGCUAUCUCAGUGUUUGAAGAGGAACAAAAGGAGGGAUUGGCCUCUGAUCUGUAUCGAGCGGCGGCUGCUUCUAUGAUCAAGAGCAAAAAGUAUGAGGACGCAGCAAACCUGUUCAUCCGUUGGGGCCAGGCUUGCGAUGCAACCAAAGCCGUUGCUUCCCAGUGCAAGCAUUAUCUCAGUGCCAUUAUCAUCCUCCUUCACGCGGAGGAUCUGGCGAAAGCAGAGUUAUGUUACAACGACCUCAGCGGAGUCGAUGCAUUUAGCAACAGCGAGCAGGGUCGAUGCGCCUCCCAACUCUUAGACGCCUAUCACGACAAAAAUGUGGAUGACAUCAAGUACAUCGUCAAGGAUAGCAACGUCAUCCCCCAUCUAGAUCACUUGGUUGUCAGACUGGCCAAGGGAUUGCCAACGGGGAACGUGAUUGAGAUGAAGAAGAGCGCAAACAAGACGUUAAAUAUGAAAGACGAGGAAGAGGAACUCGGAAUAGACGAAGACGACAUGACAUAGUUGAGCAGAUGCUCAGGACCUUGCAUUUACCGGUGUGCUUGUACCACAGGUCCUUGUCGAAAGUUGAUCGUUUUGCAGGCUGCCUCCUGUCCAUGACUGCGUUAUAUUGCGU